AUGUCGGAUGCAUUAUUCACAUAUACUGUGAGUAAAGCAACGGGAUUAAGUAAACGUUUCGAUGGUGUUGGUGGAUUGAGUGGCGGUGGUUGUGUUACACGUUUACUUGCAGAUUAUGAAAGCAAAUGGUAUAGUCAAAUAAUGGAUUAUUUAUUUUUACCAGGGUUUGGUGCUUCGUUACAUAUACUUAAAGUUGAAAUUGGUGGUGAUGUGCAAUCAACUGAUGGAACAGAACCUUCUCAUAUGCAUACAGCUGAUGAUGAAAAUUAUCGACGAGGUUAUGAAUGGAAUACCAUGGUGGAAGCAAAACGAAGAAAUCCAAACAUCACUUUAUAUGCUCUCAGUUGGGGAUUUCCUGGUUGGGUCGGUGAAGGAACAAAAUCGCCUUGGACUAAUAGUACUGUUAGAUAUACUAUAAAUUGGCUUUUAGGUGCAAAGAAAUAUUACAAUCUGGAUAUUGAUUACGUAGGAAUUUGGAAUGAACGUGAUUGGAACAAAGGAUAUACACUCACACUCAAAGCAGCAAUCGCUGCAGCUGGGCUCAAAACAAAGAUUGUCGGUCAUGAUUCAUGGUGGGAUUUUUGCGACACUUUAGCUAAAGAUCCUGAAUGGUUAGCUGCCGUUGAUGUUAUUGGAGCGCAUUAUGUUGGUUCAUCUAUACCAAAAGAAUGUGCUGCUCUUGACAAAAUUCAAUGGUCAAGUGAAGAUAUGUCACUCGAUUAUGAUACCGGUUCUCUAUGUUGGGCAAGAUCAUUGAAUCAAAAUUACGUUCGUGCGAAUUUAACUGCAACUAUUGCUUGGGAUUUAAUUAAUUCAUUCUAUGAUGGAUUACCAUGGGGUGGUGUUGGAAUACUACGUGCUAAUGAACCAUGGUCAGGACAUUAUCAAAUUGGACGACUUCUAUGGGUAUCAGCACAUUGGGGACAGUUUACCAAAGCGGGAUGGUCCUUUUUGAAACAUCAAUCAGGUGUUGGAUUGCUCGAUAAUGGUGGUAGUUAUGUCUCUUUAACCGAUCCAACUGGUCAACAAUUGACUAUCAUUAUCGAAACGAUGGAUCGUGAUCGUUCUCAAUGUGCACAUUCGAGUACGGUAUACUAUAAUACAACUAAUCAAACAGCAACUUUCCAACUCGACAAUUCUUUUAGUCAUAUUACUAAAUUAUAUGUUUUCUUCACGGAUCUCAAUAUAUUGGAUGUAGAUCAAGCCUUCACCUACAAAGGAAUCGUUACUUUAGAUAGUGGAGAAUUUACAAUUCAAUUACCAGUUGGUGUACUUUAUACUCUUUCAACAAUUAACGGUACAAAAGGUGCUUACGAAGCUCCACCAUCUCAACCAUUUCCAUUACCAUAUGCAGAUAAUUUUGACAAACAUCAGGUAUCCAGUGAAGCACCAUAUUUUUCUGAUCAGACAGGCUCAUGGGAAAUCAUAGAUACAGCAAGCACUCGUGGUAAAACUAUGAGACAAAUGGUACCUGAAACAACUAUUAAUUGGUGCGAUGAAGCAAUCUAUCCAUAUACUAUUAUUGGUAAUUCUAGUUGGAAACAACCUUUAAAUGUUAGUGUGGAUGUUACGAUUGAGAAAAAUGGAACUGCUUUCGUUGCUUUAGGAGUAUCACAAGGAGGUUGUGGUACUGGAAGUCCUGGCAUUGUAUUCAGUGUCAGUACAACUAAUAAUGGAUUCUGGCAAAUAACUAAUAAUACGCAGAUUAAAAAUCCAGUUGCUUCUGGAAUGGUUUCUAUUGUAGCUGGCACUUGGUAUACAUUGACACUUGUUGUUUUACAAGAUUAUUCAAUAGGAUAUGUUAAUGGUGAUGCAGUUGGUCGAUGUGAAUUGAAUGCAUCUAGUUCUUCUGGAUGGGCUGCAAUUGGAUCAUCUUGGGACUACGUACAAUUUGACAAUUUUCGUUUACAAUCACCAAAUUGA